UGUCACUGGAUUACAGAGCUUUACAUUCUUGCAACAUUGCAGAAAUUCAGAAAGAUGUGGAAUAUCGACUGCCAUUCACUGUAAACAACUUGACAAUUAAUAUUAACAUCUUGCUUCCACCUCAGUUUCCUCAGGAAAAACCAGUCAUCAGUGUUUUCCCACCUGUGAGACAUCAUUUAAUGGACAAGCAGGGAGUAUAUGUGACCAGUCCAUUAAUAAGUAAUUUUACAAUGCACUCAGAUCUUGGAAAAAUUAUUCAAAGUUUACUGGACGAAUUUUGGAAGAAUCCUCCGGUUCUGGCUCCUAGCUCAACAUCAUUUCCAUACCUUUUCAACAAACCAGCUGGAAUGCCUCCUUUUGCUCCUCAGGGGUUUCCAUUUCUUCCUCCAUACCCGCCUCAAGAGACAAACAGAACAAUGGCAGCGGUGCCUGUUGCUGAAUCAGUUUCUUCAAGCUACACUACAGACAAGCCUGCUGCUCCCUCUUAUGGCUUGAUUGCUGAUCUGCCACUACCUGUUCCGACAGCAGAAGCAGUGCUUCAGGUUAGCCAGAAUGGAUUUACUUACAAGAUGCCUGAUGUUCCUGAUACAUUUCCAGAACUCUCAGAACUAAGUAUAUCACAGCUGACCAAUAUGAACGAGCAAGAGGAAGUGUUACUGGAACAGUUUGUGACUCUACCACAACUGAAGCAAGUCAUUACUGAUAGAGAUGAGUUAGUGAAAAGCAUUGAAGAGCUGGCAAAAAAAAACUUGUCACUGGAGCCUAGUCUCGAGGCAAAAAGACAGAUGGUGUUGGAUAAAUAUGAGCAACUCACACAGAUGAAAGCAGCCUUUGAAAAAAAGAUGCAAAGACAGCAUGAACUUAGUGAGAGUUGCAGUCCAAGUGCUCUGCAAGCCAGACUUAAAGUAGCUGCUCAUGAAGCUGAAGAAGAAUCUGACACUAUUGCAGAAGACUUCUUGGAAGGCAAAACAGAAAUAGAUGAUUUUCUUAGUAGUUUCAUGGAAAAGAGAACGCUCUGCCACUGUAGACGAGCCAAAGAGGAAAAACUUCAACAGGCAAUAGCAAUGCACAGCCAAUUUCAUGCUCCGCUAUAGACUUUCUGCAAACUACACUUGCCAAGAGAACGAAUGAAAAACCCAAUAAAGCACACUUUUAAAUAACUAUUAUUUGCAAAUAAGCAUUUCAUCUUAUGUGGUUGUAUUUAUAGAAGAGAUUGUAUACAGAGUUGGGAUGGUUUUUGUACAAAUUAGAAUGUCUCUUUAUAUUCUCAUUGUACUCAAGAAUCCUUCUAUUGCAAUCUUUGCACUAAUUUCUUCUAUUUAUUGUUGAUAGUUCUUAUUAUAUUUAAGUUCCUGCUGCUAUACUCCAUUCUUCAGAGAUUAAAUAUCUAAACAUGUAA